UUUUGUUAAGAUAUCUGCUUUAUUACCCCCUAUUGCUACUACUAGAUGCCUAUUCUUUGGCUUUUUCUCUGUUUCCUAAUUAUUCCUCUUAGCUUAGUUCAGUCCUAAUAUUGUAGAAGAGGAAUAAACUCUAAUCUUGAAAUUACCACUACUAAUUACUCCAGAUAUAUCUCCAUGGCAUGCAUUGACAAAGGAUUAGAAGUCCUCAGAAGAAAAAUUAAGAGUUGUUUCAAAAGGAAAAAAGGAAUCGAAAACAGAGACAACAGCAUAGCAGAAAGAUGGGAAAUUUUGAGUGGCAACAACAAUUGGGAAGGCUUACUUGACCCUUUGGAUUAUGAUCUUCGAAGAUACCUUAUUCACUAUGGCCAAAUGCCUCAAGCUAUCUGUGAUUCAUUCAACAGUGAAACAGCUUCAAAGAAUUUAGGUACAAAUCGUUACUCAAAAAAGAACUUAUUCACAAAAGUGGGACUAGACAAAGACAACCCUCACAAAUAUGAAGUGACCAAAUAUUUCUAUGGAGCUUCAGAUGUAGCUGAAAAGAUUAAAGUAUCAAAUUGGAUUGGAUUUGUUGCUGUUGCUACUGAUGAAGGUAAAGUUGCGUUAGGGAGAAGAGAUAUUUUAAUUGCUUGGAGAGGGACUAUGUGUCCUGCAGAAAUGAAUGAUGACAGUGAUUGGGUUUUGGUCAAACCUACAAAGAUCUUUGGAGAAAAUAAGGAUAACAUUCUUGUUCACAGAGGUUUUUAUUCAGUUUAUACUUCUCUUAAUGAGGCAUCAAAAUUCAAUCGAACAACUAGUGCUAGAGAUCAGGUUCUUGAAGAAGUUAAACGGUUGGUGGAGCAAUACAAGAGGGAAAAAGUUAGCAUUACUCUAAGUGGGCACAGUUUGGGUUCAUCAUUGGCCACAUUAUGCGCCGUUGACAUAGUUGUCAACCAAAUCAAUAAGGAGUUUCCAGUGACUGCAUUUGUAUUUGCUAGCCCUCGAGUUGGAGAAGAGAAUUUCAAGAAAGCUUAUGAAAAAUUGAAAAAUCUUCAAAUAUUGCGCGUUAGCAAUGCCCCUGAUCCAGUUCCGAACAUGCCAGAUCGUGGACAGGUCGAAGGUUCUCCAACAGAAUGGAGAGUGUAUGAACAUGUUGGCUUUGAACUUCCAAUUGAUACUACAAAGUCAAAGUACUUGAAGAAAGACAUAAAUGGUCAUAUUCUGGAGGUUUAUUUGCAUGGAAUUGCUGGAACACAUGGACCAAAAGGAGAGUUCAAGUUGGAAAUAAAGCGGGAUAUUGCUCUUGUGAAUAAGGAAGCGCCCUUAUUGAAGGAAGAAUUUGGUGUACCAGUAGCGUGGUGGAUCGUGAAAAACAAAGGAAUGGUUCAACAAGAAGAUGGAUCUUGGACUCUCGAUGAUCGUGAGGAUGACAGUGAUUUUUCACAGUAAAUGUUUCUUUUUUCAAAAACAUUUUUGAGAAACUAUAUAUUCGGAAUGAUCUGGUCAAUGAGAUCCGCUUUUCUGUAGUAUUGGGCGUUGUAAUGCGGUAUAUGAUAAGUGUGAUAUGAUGACUUCUAAUU